AAUAAUUAAGGUCUCUUUUUUUCUACGCCCCUGACGCUGGCAUUUGCUGGCGACACAGUUUGACGUUUGAAACAACCAAUGAGAGCUGUGCUAGAUUUAAAAUUGACAGCUGUUUGAAUUUUGUACAAAUCUCAUUGGUCCUCUUGACGUGUCGCUGUUCUGAGAACGGGGCUUUCUGGCGACUGGCGACACUCGCUGUUCUGAGCACAGAGUGAGCACAGAUAACAGAACUAAUUGUUCUCAGAGUUGUUCUGAGAACGGGGCCAGUGAGGGCCAGUCUAUUUUGUGCUGUUCGUUGUGAAUUUUCGACGGUUGUAUAUGCUUUUACUUGUGCUUUUAUCGUGUUAAAAAAAUACAGUUUAUGAAUUAAGAUAUAAAAUGCCAGUAGAUAUCAAAGAGCUUACAGAGGGGUGGUUAGAGUUAGAGAGCGAUCCAGGGUUAUUCUCGCUUCUUUUAGAGGAUUUUGGUGUGAAGGGGGUGCAAGUUGAAGAAAUUUAUGAUUUGAAUAAGCCUUUAGACAGCCCAGUGUACGGAUUUAUUUUCUUAUUUCGAUGGGUUGAGGAGCGUAGAUCUCGAAGGAAAGUGGUAGAGCAAACAGAGACAUUUGUAAAAGAUGAGGAUGUUGUAAACAAUAUAUUUUUUGCACAACAAAUGGUACCUAACUCAUGUGCUACACACGCCCUAAUUUCAAUUCUAUUAAAUUGUCCCACUAUACAUCUGGGUGAAACUUUACAACGACUUAAAUUACAUACCCAUGGAAUGUCACCAGAGAAUAAGGGCUGGGCUAUAGGAAACACUCCUGAACUUGCCUGUGCACAUAACUCCCAUGCUAUGCCUCAAGCUAAAAGAAGAUUAGAAAAAAGUAGUGGGAUUUCAACAGGAAGGUUUACAGGAAGAGGAGAAGCAUUUCACUUUGUCAGUUUUGUUCCUAUUGGGAGUCGACUGUAUGAACUGGAUGGUUUGAAACCAUUCCCUAUAGAUCAUGGCCCCUGGAGUGAUCAAGACUGGACAGAUAAAUUUAGAAAUGUAAUUCAGGAUAGAUUAGGUAUCGGUGAUGAAUAUAAUGAAAUAAGAUUUAAUUUAAUGGCUGUAGUUCCUGAUAGGCGUUUAGCUAUUCAACACAAAUUGAAAAUGCUUAGAACUAAUAAACAAAUAGUAGUAGAUGCUUUACAGCAAAUAGUCAAAGUUAAAGAUAAGGGAGGUGGAAAAAUUGAAAAUGUUCCAGAGAAUUUGAGCUCAAGGAUAGUGAAAAAUGAAGAGGCUGGAAAAACUGAGGAAGAUGCAAAACUAACUCCUGAUGACACUAUCACUUCAAAUCCUAGUUCAAAUAUGACACUCUGUCCGUUAGAUUAUUCAACUCCAUUAACAAUACAAACAUCUCCAGCUCCUAGUACUUCAGGGACAGAUACACCUUCAGAUAUUGGUUCAGGUUCAGCAUUUAAUUCACCAACCCAAAGUUGGAAUUGGGCUUCUACAGCCAGUCCUAACUCGAGAGAUCUUAAAAGAUUUGUUGUGUUACGAAUGGCUGAACAAGAAAAGAAUAAUGGGCUUAUUUUGGAAGAGAAGACUAGUAAACCAUUAGAAAAGAAAUCUGGCAGUGGAGGUAUUCAUGCAAGAGUGCAUACAAGUGAUGGUGAUCCUGUAAUAGCAGAAAAGAAAAGCCAUGAUAUAUUAGAACCACAUACUUUUGCUCCCAAAGAUCUUUUAGCUCUUUUGAGAAAUCUGGAGAAUGAGAUUUGUUUAUGUGAAAUGUCUUUAAAAGAUGAAAAUGAUAAACAAAAUAAAUAUAAGAUUGAUGAUUCUAGAAGAACUCAUAAUUAUGAUGAAUUUAUUUGUACUUUCUUAUCUAUGCUUGCCGAGCAAGGAAAAUUGGCCGAUUUGGUUGAACAAAACCUAAUUAUUCCCAAAAGACCUAACACUGGUAUACCUACACCUAAAAAUAUUAAAGUUAACAAAAAAGAAAUAAACAAUACUUCUAAAAAGAAGAAAAAAGGCAGAGCUAAAGUCCGAAGACGUAGAUAAUUAAUAUGUAUAUUUCAGAUGUUAGUAAAUUAUAUACAUUAAAGUCAUUUGUUUCUAUA